AAUGGAGAAUUCAAGUUAAAAUUGUCCAUUCUUGGACUCAAUACACUCAAUACACUGGAGAAACCGUCGAAAUGAUUCUUGCUGAUACCUCUGGUACUUUGAUCCAUGCUACCAUUAAGAAGCAACAAUUGAACAAACUGCAAAGGUUCAUUACCUCUGGGGAGUGGCGUAUUAUCGAGAAAUUUACACUAGCCAAGUCAACAGGAAAAUACCGUGCAACUAAACAUGGUUUCAAAAUGUCCAUGAUGCAAAAAACUGUAAUAACUCGAACUCCUCCUCUUUCUAAUGACAUUUAUUUGGAUCUGGCAAACUUUCAAGAUGUUUUGGAUGAAGGAGGAUUGAAUGAAAACAUCUUAAUUGAUGUACUUGGACAGGUUGUUAGUUUCAAUGAGAUGAAAACUCAUGAUGUUAACAACAAAAUCACAAAGAAACUUGAUCUUGAACUCAGAGACACAAAGUAAUUUCAUAUGGCUUUACCCUAUUAUAAUAUAUCUUAUGUUAUUUGUACUUACAAUUAUCUCACAACUUAUUUUCUUAUAUAGUGAUGAACGGCUGAAAUGUACUCUUUGGGGGAGAUUUGCUGAGGCAAUGUGGAAUGCAUGUCAAAAUGCAGGCACUGAGAGGGUGAUUGCCUUACUUCGUCUUGCUAAGAUCAAUUCAUUCAAAGGUAUAAAACGUUUUUGAUAAAACAUUUUUGGGAUUUUUAAAGGCAGAUCACAGAAUAUAUUUAUACUAAUAGUACUCAUUUUGUUAGGUGAAAGAUCAGUUUCAAAUGCAUUUGACAUGUCUCUGUUGGAAAUCAAUGCUACCUACCCUGCUGUUCUUGAAUUUGUGGCCAAGUAAGAUAGGGGCAAACUUAAUAUUGCUUUUGAAAAUAAUUAGAUUGUAUAUCCUAUUGAUAUUAUGAUAAGUUGAUUUUUUUUUUUAAUUGUCAUGUAGUUUACCCCCUGAUGCUAUGCCUCUGGCUAUCCAAGAAGUUAAGCCAAAACAUGGGAAUCAACUGAUGAAAAAAAAGGAAUACUAUGAUCGUUUUCCAAGGAAAACCAUCUCUGGACUCUUUUGUUUUUCUGAGGUAAUAGUUGUGAUUAAUACUAAUUGCCUCUAUUAGUAAUAAUUAUGUUUAAAAUACUAAUUCUCUAUUAUUAUGUAUAGAUUGGGAAAUGCAACAUAAUUGUUACCAUAAUGAAGAUCGACACAGACUACUCGUGGUAUUUCUUUUGUUGUCUGAAGUGUCACAAAACUG